AUGACGACACCGCGCGGCUUCGACCUUCCCACCGACAAGGUGCUUCGUCUGCGACGCUCCAUCUACGGACUCAAACAGGCUGGCCGAAUCUGGAAUCGACACAUCGACGCAUCGCUUCGAGAUCUCGGCUAUACGGCGACGGGCACCGACCACUGCGUGUACUCUCGGAUCGACGAUCGGCGACGCCCACACUACAUCGCGCUGUACGUCGACGACCUCCUGAUGAUCAGCCCCGACUUGGCCGAAAUUGAACGUGUCAUCUCGGGCCUCGAACAACGCUACGGCGUCAAGCGCCUCGGCCCGGCAGAGUACAUCCUCGGCAUCCAGAUCAGGCGACUCGAAGACGGUUCUAUUGCCCUGUCCCAGGAACGGUACAUCAUGGACGUGCUUGCUCGGUUCCACUUCGACACCACGACUCGCGGCACUACAGUCCCGAUGACCCCCGGCCUUUCGCUCACCGCCAUCCCGGGUCAAGGCACCGAACGGAUCAGGUCAUGGUAUCUGCAGGCUAUCGGCUCGCUCCUCUACAUUUCGCUCGGCACCCGCCCCGACAUCGCCUUCGCCGUGUCCUACCUGGCCCGCUUCGCCAACAACCCUGGACGUCGUCACUGGAUCGCGGUCAAGCACAUCCUCCGCUAUCUCCGGGCCACAUAUCGCGACGAACUGGUUUAUGCUUGCGGCGAGACACGCAUCACGGGCGUGGUUGGCUACUCCGACGCGAACUGGGGGGCCUGCGUCGAUACGUCGGUGUCUAUGAAGGAACAAUAUACCACUGCACCAAAAGGCGAGGCACCUCUACUUCAGUGA